AUGCCUAUCCUUUGCAAGAGCAUCUGUUGUAAACCGACGUCGUGUCGUCGUCGUCGUCGUCGUGGUCGUCGUCGUUGUGUCGCAAGACUCGCAGUACUCAGUCCGAAUGUUGCCGAGGACACGGAGCGUGCGCGAAGAAGAGGAUGUCUUAAAACAAAACAAUACGUUUCAGUUAUAAUGAUGAAGAGGAAGAAUAAGAACAACAAGUGCUCUGAGGGGACGUGUUUAUGA